AUGGCGGUUCCAUCGAAUCGGCUGCCCGAAGAGGUGGUGACCUGCCUCAAGAAUGCCCGUUUCCUCCACCUCGCAACCUGUACUGGCAAUGUGCCCCACGUAUCGCUCAUGCACUUCUCUUACUUUCCUCCCAAUUCAUUUCCCCAAGGCUCCUCCCUUCCCUCCGGACCCGUCAUCAUCAUGACCUCCGAUCCUCGCUCUAAGAAAACCAACAACCUAACAAGCAACCCCAACGUGUCACUCCUUGUCCACGACUGGGUCAGCUCUCGACCGCCCACCAACGCCGCCUCCGGAGCAGAUCGAGAACGAAGUCCCGCGAGUGGUCCGAGGAGCAGUCUGGCGCAAAWGCUCAUGCAAAUGAACAGUGCAGCCGUGUCAUCCAUAUCCGCCACGAUCAAUGGAUCCGCGAGGGUACUAGAAAAGGGCAGUGAGGAAGAGAAAUGGUGUAAGGAGAGACACUUGGCGGAGAAUACUUUUGAGGAGGAGGAUGGAGGCAGGCUUGCAUUGAGUCGGCAAAGUUCAAACAAUGCACCAGGAGACGGGGGGAGAGGGAGCUAUAUCGAGGAUGAGGAUGUGAGAGUUGUGGUGGUGGAGAUCCGAGACGGCAGGAUCAGUGACUGGAAGGGUGGGGUUACAGACUGGACUAUCGAGGGUGCGGGGCGGGACUCAACGCAGGAUCCUGGCAACGGAGAGAGACAAAGUGAAGGUGGGAGGCCUCUGGUGAAUGGAGUGGUGAGAUGUUGA